UGUGCACGCUGCCUUCCUUCGCGGCAGCGCCUCCUUUCCAGCUCCCUGGGGCCUGGUCGCCCCGCCCUCGGGCUGAGGCUGUGGCUGAGGUGGGGGCGGGGCCCUGCGCCCUAAGCCGCGCAGCCCGCGGAGCAGGUGGAGGGCCGCGCUUGCUGCUCGGGGCUCAGCUCCGUGUCCCGUGCGCCUCGCGCCCCGCGCCUGGGCCCAGGCCCCCAACUGUCCAGCCUCCCUUCCUGGACUGGCCAGGAGGCGGGGGCUGAGCUCUCUGGGGUCCUAGAGCAGAUGCCCUGCCGGCUGCCCCGCGGCCCGGCUGCAGCGCUGCUGGUCCUCCUGUGCCUGGGGCUCCUUUGCGUCCGCUUCCACUCCAGCCUGUCCCCGCGGGGGGCGCAGAAGCACCCUGGGCCAAGCGCUCUGAGUGCCCCGCCUCGCGGGCUGCAGCUUCAGGACGUCUUCAUCGCGGUCAAGACCACACUGGCGUUCCACCGCUCCCGUCUGGACCUGCUACUCGACACGUGGGUCUCUAGGACCAAGCAACAGACGUUCAUCUUCACUGACAGCGGGGACAGAGGCCUCCGGGAGAGACUGGGGUCCCACCUUGUGGUCACCAACUGCUCCGCAGAGCACAGCCACCUGGCCCUGUCCUGCAAGAUGGCCGCAGAGUUUGACGCCUUUCUGGCCAGCAGGCUCCGGUGGUUCUGCCACGUGGACGACGACAACUACGUGAACCCCAGGGCGCUGCUACAGCUGCUAAACGCCUUGCCGCAGGGCCACGACGUCUAUGUCGGCAAACCCAGCCUAAACCGGCCCAUCCAUACUUCUGAGCCGCAGGCGCACAAUCGCACGAGGCUGGUACAGUUCUGGUUUGCCACAGGGGGCGCUGGCUUCUGCAUCAACCGCAAACUGGCUUUGAAGAUGGCUCCUUGGGCCAGUGGCUCCCAUUUUGUGGACACAUCCGCUCUCAUCCGGCUGCCCGAUGACUGCACUGUGGGCUACAUCGUUGAGUGCAAGUUGGGGGGACGCCUGCUGCCCAGCCCCCUCUUCCACUCCCACCUGGAGACCCUGCAGCUGCUGGGGGCUGCCCAGCUCCUGGAGCAGGUCACUCUCAGCUAUGGUGUAUUUGAGGGAAAACUCAACGUCAUUAAGCUGCCAGGUCCCUUCUCGCCUGAAGAGGACCCCUCCAGAGCGCGCCCCUCUCGUGAGGCUGUUGAUCAGGUUGCUCGUUCUGAGGACAUGCAGCCGGCUCCUUACAGAGCACCAGUCCAGAAUUGCAAGACGAAAGCAUCACCUCCCCCUGGCACAAGCUGCCUGACAGGUUUCGCUCCCUACACUGCCUGCUCUACCCAGACACACCCUGGUGCCCUCAGCUGGCAGCCCGAUGAACAGGGGGCAGGGGUGGGCAGCACUUCUGGCUGUGCCAUUGCCUUCUCAGGCCAGCGGCAGGCUUCAGUGGGUGCCAGGCUGCCGGGAAGCCCAGGAUCUAGAUGGCAGCUGGCACCAAGCACUGUAGACCCUGGAGAUGGGUGAGGGCCAGAGAGUCUCAGGGCUGGAUCCUGUCACCUGCAGUGGCCAGCUGGAUGUGGAUGGGACACUUGGGCUGGCUGGUGUCUCCGUGUCCUCUCCUAGGGCUCAAGGAGUGGCCACAACUCCAGCUCCUUGACUGGAUCCCCUGUCCCUGAGGGUCCCUGGGGGGGAAUCAUGGCACAGUCCAGGGCUGUGACCGAUGAAGUCCCUUUCUAGGGGAUCUAUGCUGCCCAGCUCUUGCUAGAAUACUCAGGCUUUGGACCCUCAGGAUGCUCUGAGCCAGGUGAUGAUCAGAAUAGGUCCCCACCAGUCAUGGUGAUCCUUUUGCUUCCUUCUCUGCCCUGCUGAAGGAGUGACCAUGUGACCUGGCCCUGGCCAGUAGGAACUCAGCAAAGCCAAUAUGCUGGGUGAGGUCUGGUGGCUCCUUAGCCUGCCUUCCUGUUGUUAAUGUGGGCGUGAUGCCUGGAUCUGGGGAAGCCACUGUGAGCCCUCCAGGGAAAGGCCAAGACAAUCAUGCACAACUGUCCCUCCAGUAUCUGGCUCUGUAUGAAAUUAAACCUUUAUUUAAGUCUC